CGAUCAGCUAAUUAUGCCUGAUUGAGUUCGGCGUUUCUCUCGCUCGGCUCUCGCGCUUGCGUACUACGGCUCGUUCCCCGUCACCACGGCCCGGAUCGGGAAGUGUCAAGUGGGAGCCGGGUUCCCCCGCAUUUGCAGCCGCCACAGCUGAACCCGGACCCCUCACCCCAGCCGGGCACUACCGCCAUGACGAACGUGUACUCCUUGGAUGGGAUCCUGGUGUUUGGUUUGCUCUUUGUUUGCACCUGUGCCUACUUCAAGAAAGUACCUCGUCUCAAAACCUGGCUGCUGUCGGAGAAGAAGGGAGUGUGGGGUGUAUUCUACAAAGCUGCUGUGAUUGGAACCCGGCUGCAUGCUGCUGUUGCAAUUGCCUGCAUUGUAAUGGCCUUUUACGUCCUGUUUAUCAAAUGAAUUCCAAACCCUCCAACUCAUCAACUGCCAACCAAGGGAUAAAGAUGAAGAACUUGUCGGAAACCUGGACCCAGUGUAGGAGAGUUGAGCUAAAAUCAUUAGUGUCUCCAAGAUGACACUGAAGCCUCUGCCUGCCAUAUGUGGGGAAACCUCAUGGUCACGAACAUUUUUGCUUCAGGGGAUUCCAGAAAGCCAACCUUUAGAUCUCUACGUUAAUCAGCCCUCAGCAGCAAGUCUGUAUGUCCAGAUAAACCACGCCCCCAUUGAUAUGAUUAUCUAUCUCCUGCUUAAACACCUAUGCUGGGUGGUAGAGCAUUUGGUUAGCAUUGGCAAGGUCUUGGGUUCAUUCUCCAACACUGGUAAAAACAACCUACAGCUGGCCGUCUAUUUGGCUCUUUAGUCCCUCAUCAGAAUCUUUGAAAACUGAGGCUCACUGGGGAAUGAUAUAGGCUUUGUUCAGACUUCCCAGAAGGUAAAGAGAGGCAUUCUGCAUAGCCUUGGCUGUCCUGGAACUCUCUAUGGAGAGCAGGCUAGCCUCAAACUCACAGAGAGCCGCCUGCCUCUGCCUUCUGAAUUAGAGGCAAGUGCCAGGAGAUAAUUUUUCAGGCUUCAUUUUCUUCAUUGGCUAAUUUGGAUCUGGAUCUGGUGAACUGAAGAGAGGGAGAGGGGCUAGAUGAGAACUGGGAGUUACGAAAGGCGAAACAAUUGUUUGGCUGUUGGAGUGUGUUCUUUCUGUGCAUCUGGGAACUUGAGAGAGGGUGGUUCUGCAGAGAGAACAGAUUGCCACAUGCUGGCAGCCUGAGGGAUUUCUCAAGAGAACCUGAGUGCAUAGGAAAGCCAGGGUUAUCAGUAAGAAGCAGUAACAGAAGCAAGCAAGGCAGCAGUCUUCCGCUUACCAGGGUCCCCAGAGAAGACUUCACUCAACUGACAGAGAAAAGGAACCAACUCUCGCUAUUUCCUAAAGCUUUUUAAACACUUUCUAAAUCACCUAGUGCUAAAUACUGUUACUGGGUUUUAAAUACGAAUGCUGGGGGAGGGGACUAUUAAAAAAAUCAUUGAUUAAUAUUUGAAGUUCUGGUAGAAGAGAUAAGUAAAUUAGUAUAUCAGUUCAUAUACUAGUAAGCUCAUCUAGUGUAAGAAUUUGCUGCGAUGAAAAUGUAUGUAGAUGGGAGUUUUGCCAUGUUAUAAAAGACACAAGCUUGUUCUCUAAUCUGGUCUCCAGCAAGUUUUAGUUGUGUCUCUGCCAACUCUUAGUGUUGUCCAUACUGCAGUAUUUCACUCUCUGUUAAGACCAUGAGAAACUGAAAUGAGAAAACCCACUGAUACUAACAUUUGGUCAGCUCGUAGAAUUCAUUAAUGAGUGUGUUUCUGAGGAAAGAAAAAUGAAGCUUUGCAACUGAGUGUUGAGGGCUUUUCCUCGGAGUUGGGGGACUCCUGAGCAGGUGAUGUCAGAUGUCUCUGCCUUUGAAGGGACGAUUUCUCCCUUCCCUCCUUACACCCGAAAAAGACUCAGUUUGUAAAUGUGAAGUCUACAACAGUGGAACAAAAAGUAGGUCUAAUAUUAUAGUACACACGAGCCACACAUGCUCAGUGGAAUUGUGUGUCAUAAAGCUUGACAGAACAAGUGCAGGGGCUCACUCCCAGAAGUGAAAUUCGCUUUUGUCUGCACACUGCACCAGAACAGGCUGCUGGGAAUCGCAGGUCCUGAUGCAGUUGACUGCUGUGAGGGUCUGCAGCAGUGUAGAAAGUCACCAAGCACACGAUGCAUGUGUAAGGCUCGCUAGGAAUUGGUCCACAGGCAAAUUGCAAUGAUUGCUGUUUUCUGGCCAUUCCUAAGGAUCCUUCCUCAGGAGAGAGAAAAAUUUAAUGGGUCUGGAGAGAUCUUGUGGAUGGGAGUUUGAGACCUGUUGACCAACUGGGUGUCUCUUGGGAAGUAGGCACAACACGAGUUACUUUAUAUUUAAUGUCUUGUUUUCAAAUAGGGCUGGCUUCUCUGACUCUGGUCUAGAAAACAGCUUCCCUUCUUAAACAGCUUUCAUUCUGCAGCUUCCUUGUGGAUCCUCUUGGCUUAAAUGUUUUUGCAUUAUUAUAUUUUGAGAUGUUUUCUUAUCAGAAUGUAUUAAAAAGUACAGGAAGAAACAAAUGGCCUAUUUCAUUUUUGGCUUUCUGUAACCAGGCAAAUAGAAACCUGGUGUACUUAUUACUUAGGCUGACGUGUUUCAUUUUUUUUUUUUUUUUUUUUGGCAAAGACAAAAUGGUAAAUUGUUGUAGGGGAGGUCCUUCAGGGGUGGAGGUAUGAGGGUAACAAUAUUACUUCAGAUUCAGGCUGGCGUGGCCACCAACCCUGUGCACCAGGGUUAGAUGAACCCAGCUCCUAUUUUAUAGUGGAAUCAGCACCUUUUUUUAUUCACCAUUGUUGGCACAAUCCUUGGAAAUAAACUUUUUUCCCUGUG